AUGGCUGACUGCAAUAUCAUAGAUUGGAUGGGCGGCACAAGCCGGUUCAUUACAUGUCUAACCUUCUUUAUUCACUUCAUUCAUCCGCUCUUCUGUAUCGCUAACUACUGUGGCUGGGUGUGCUACCAGGUGCCCGUGCUGGGGGAGUCAUUGGUGCAGGCUUACCUUGGCAUGUCCAUUGUGGCCACCCUUUUCUAUUUAUUUGUAGCUUCUGUCUUUUACAUGUGGGCAUGGCGCUUUCCAGAACCCGAAGAGGUGUCAAGAAGGCGCCGAAUUUAUGGUAUUGUGGUGAAUCUGCUUUUUUCCGACGUGCCCAUGUUCGCGAUCGAGGUGAAAAUUUGUUGGGAUGUGCAAUUUGCAUCUGGAAUACAGGGAACGUCGUUUCUGAUUACAUGUAUUUCGUUUUCUUACUCCGCCGUUCGUGUGUGGACAUUUUUCAUGAUUAAACUUAUCAAGGUGCGUGAACCAAUGGUAGGGGCCCAGCCACAGUUUGCAGGAUCCGUCAUGUAUGCUGCUGACAGCCGCCGAAGAGGACCUCCGAGCUAUUUCUACAAUGGCAACUUUGCACCACGUGAUGGAUCGCCACCGGAUGGUGGCGAAGCUGAAUAUCGAAAAAACGCUGGCAUUUCACCUCCAGAGCGCCCAACACCUAGUGAUCUAUACCGACGGAACGCUCAAUACACCGAUGGUCGCCAUGAUGGUGAACAAUUCAGCACGCCAGGUUACCAAUCUUUACCUCGACUUUAG